GUGCGUCAUCGGGGAACGUGUCGGACGCGAUAGCUGUCUUCAGUUCCGGCGCGUUCUCGCCACUUGGCAUUGGUUUCCGCGUGAUCGCGGCGCGCCUGUCACUGCCUAAUUGGCAGCGAUUUGCGGCCUCCGAAGAACACCGGCUCUCUGACGCAACUCCAGAAACCCGGCUGUGCAGACGCCGGCGUUACGCAAUUCGCCAGCCGGUCGACACGUCGUCAGAGUUAAGUGCCUGCGCUGGCCGACUCCUGGGACCUUGUGUUCGUCGCGUGCCACUAGGACGUCAGACCUGAGUAAGUGUGGACCCCAAAUCAUGUCUGGCGCACAGAGGAAGCGGAUGCGGACGGAGGGCAACUCUACCUCUAACGACAGUCCCGCUACAAAACGGAUGACGCUGUGCUUCCCGGCGCCGUUCAGCGACGAACCGCAGGCGAUCGCAGAAUGCGAAAGGUGUGACUACUCCACAAAGAUUACCAAAGAAAUGGCCUCGUCUGGACUCGCGCCCCGUCCAGUCAGGGUCUAUGCGGACGGAAUUUACGACCUGUUUCACCAGGGUCAUGCAAGACAACUCAUGCAAGCAAAAUCCGCCUUCCCCAAUGUCUAUCUCAUCGUCGGUGUGAACAGCGACGAACUCACACAUGCCAUGAAGGGGAAGACGGUGAUGACGGAUUCAGAACGCUACGAAGCAGUCCGGCACUGCAGAUACGUCGACGAAGUGGUCCGAGACGCUCCGUGGGUGCUCGACAAUGCCUUCCUCGAAGAGCACAAGAUUGACUUUGUGGCGCACGAUGAGAUCCCAUACACGAUGGGCAACGAGGAGGACGUGUACAAGCUGAUCAAGGAGCGGGGCAUGUUCCUGGCCACUCAGCGGACGGACGGCAUCUCCACCUCGGACCUCGUGGCCCGCAUCGUGAAGGACUACGACGUCUACGUGCGCAGGAACCUGGCCAGGGGGUACUCUGCCCGGGACAUGAACGUCUCCUUCCUCAACGAGAAGAAGUUCCUGCUGCAGAACAAGAUGGAUGAGCUGAAGGACAAGAGCAAGCAGCUGGUGGAGAACUUUGAGGGCAAACGGCACGAGUUCAUCCAGAAGUGGGAGGACAGGUCGAGGGAGUUCAUCUUCAACUUUCUCGAGCUCUUCGGCAGGGAGGGCAGACUCAACCACCUGUGGAAUGAGAGCAAGGACCGGCUGAAGAACGCCCUGUCGCCCACCGGCAGUCCGCCAGGCAGUCCGUCGUCGUCCUUCGAGAGGGAGCGAUCCGGAUCUCCGCCCGCCAAGACUGUCCGCCUGGGCAAGGACGCCACCUGCAACUCCGAGUUCUCGGAGGACGAGGAGGAGGAGGAGGUGGAAGAGGAACGGCGGGAAAGGGGAGGAGGGGAGAGUGGCCCUGGAAGGAAUCUGGGCACUCUCAUCAGGGCUUGAGGCAAACGGGGGGGUUUACUUAGGACAGAAGGAAAGACAUUAAAGAAACCGUCCCCUAAGCUCGUGCGCCGGCGUCUCGACUUCCCUCGACUCAAAGAGCCGGUCUUGGGAACUCUCUUUGGAAGAGAAGUUUAGGGAGUCGGGACCAACGUGUAAGAUAUGUAUAGGUGUGGACACUGCCCACGUUGUAGCUGCGAGAUAAAGUCCUCUCAUCAGCUUGGUGGCAAGCAGCACCACCAGAUGGCUCCUCGAUAUGCAGCUAAUGGUAGCCUGUUGCGGGCUUGGUUUCCUAUGCUUUUCUUCGGAAAACGUGCUUGUUUUUAAACUCGUUUUCGGGUUGCGCCUAAUCACGUAGAUACUGCUUUGUCAUUGACCCUAGUUUCGUGCCUCAACGGCGGCAAUAACAGUUUUAUGAACACAUUGAACCAUAGAGAUCUGUGGCGCGGUGUUCAAGCCAGCGUUCGUCAAGGUCGGAGCAGACGCUCAGGGUCUGGGUGUCAUGGAAACGCUACACUUCUUUAGUUUUGUUUCUUUCUCUUUUCCUCAGUUGCACCGUCUGCACAGCAUUGACGCUGUCGGCUGACGCUACUCAGGCGUGCACCAAUAGGACUUUAUCUGGUCGAUUGCGUCGCAGCAUUUUGCCAUGCUGUGUGUCCACCCUAGGCCCGCACACUUGCAUCUCAACGUAGGGAACCAGUUCUGCGAGUUUAUUUCAAAAUGGAGGCGCCUCCAAACGAGGAACGUAAACAUUUACAUUUGUUGAGUCGGAGCUCACUUUAGCGUUGACAAGCAUGCAAGAGUUGUUCCUAUUUAUGAUUACCACUCAGCUACUGCAGACGGCAAGUUCCUAAAGUAUAUAGUAAAUGUUGCGGGUCGGCUAUCCCUAGGGUCACGCUCAAAAUCGAGCGACCUGUCUCGGUGUUUGCAACCCUGCUGCAUUGUUUUAAAGAAUCGAAGUGGUGUUAGGGAAAACUUUUGAAAACGAGAGAGUGGACCCUUUGGGAAGGGUUGACCAUGCCCUCAGCUUGGGAACUGGUUUUACAGUGUGGUUGAAUUCAUGUUUUUAAUGCACUUUCUUGUGAAAAGGAUGACGUAUCAGUAAUCUCCUGCACCCGUUCCAGGAAAAAUGAGCUUUCGGAUAUACUAGCAUGUUGUCAACGGAAGUUUAAUAGGAUGUAGGUGGUGCUGUCGUGACUGGUGUUGAUUGAAGGACGUUUUUUCCAUGGUUGCGUUGGCCUACUGUUUAACGGAAGUGGGGAUCUUAAUAAACAUUUUCAAAGAUAUCAGGAAAACAUCUCUAUAGUCCGUUGCAACCUAAGAACGAAGGGCGAGGGUAAGACGGGCCGGGGAGGAGGAAGCAGACGGAACGCUGGAGAAGAGAGGGGGAAACCUCCUUCUCUCUUCAGUGUUUCGCCUGCUUCCUCCUCCCCGGCCCGUCUUACCCUCGCCCUUCGUUCUUAGGUUGCAACGGACUAUAGCUGCUUUUUUGGGAAAGACAAAGCUUUGCUUGCUCCCAGUUGCAUGGAGUGCCGAUGAUUUAAGGCAAGGUUUACUGUUUCUUCUAUACAAAGAUACAUCAGAGAUCUUCAAUUACAAAAACAAGCUGCGAGACAGAGCUCUAGCUUUAAGGAUUAAUGGUGCACCCCAUUUUUCUCUUUUGCUUUGUGAGGGGGUAGCUUGCUUUAGAAAAUCUAUUGGUUCCCCUGAAAGUUAAUGCAGGCAGAACAAAUCCACUCCCCUAUUCCCCCCUUUCUGUCCCAGAAAGGAGGAAGCCUCACCCUCCUCUGUGAGGAUCAGCUUCCUUGGGUGAGAAGGAUGCUAGGGGGCGGGGAAACCGAAAUCGCACUCUGGUUUUCCGUUCGGUGGAGAACUAUUUUGUGCAUUGCACUUUCAGCACUCUGCGCAAUUAGUUGACAGCCUUGGAAUUGAAGCUCCAGUUACAGAGGUCUUUCUCUCAAUAGAUUGAUGCUAGAAUUGUAAUGAAUGAGGGAUGUCUAUAACGCUCCUGCCACUCUAUGCAUUCUUGUGGUGAAGCCACUCGGGGAUUAGGCAACUCUUCAGUCGGGCUGUCCAUUAUUAGAAAGGGAAACCUGUUCUUGAUAACCUUUGUUUUACUCAUGCAGGGGGGGAUUGAAAAUGACUGCUACAUAAAUUCUUCACUGCAUAGGGUUCGAUAAUUUUAGAUAUGCAUGCUAUUUUUGACAGCUUUGUUUUACUCUCUUGGGGAAUGUCAUAUAGCUGUGGUUUUCCAUGGGAGUGGCUGCCCACGACUUUUGAGGUUUUGUUUGCAUUUGGGGACUUUUUAUUUCUAGCUUUGCUAGUGCCUAGGUGACUGUUUGAGUGCCUCCAAAUAUGUGGCGUUGCAAGAGAAAGUUGUACAGGUUUUUACAACACAUUGAUUUUUGUACAAAGGUUGCUCUCAUUGGUUCUCUAGGUUAGGCCCAUUUUUGUGGUCUUCUGUGCAUAGAUGAAACAAAUUUGGUUGUCCUGCCUCUUUCUAGAAAAGCAAAGUUUGUGUCUACUAUGUUUCGACAAAGAAAGCCUUCGCUCUAGUGAUAACUCGGUGAUGACACUGGUGCACACAAUACUUGCUUUUGAGAGCUCGCUCACUGCAACAAGCAUUUUUCUCUUUUACAAAAGCCCGGCGUGCUUACGAGCAUUCUACCAACUCGCGUUCUAAUAGGGACAUGUAAGGUUUCAAUGUUAAGUGAGCUAGUGGUCAGACCUCUGCUUGGAGCUCCUGGUUUCUGCAAAACUGUUUUUAGUGAAGAUGUAGGAUGGAUGUUACAAGGACUGCAGUAGGCCAUGUUAAGAAAUGGAGCACAAAACCGAAAAUUGUGUACUGCAUUUGACUGCCUUGCUCAGAUGUGUGCAUUGCUUACAACUUUUUUGUGUGUGUGUAUGUGCGCAUGUACAUGUGUUUCAAGGAGUAAUAUAUGUUCAAUAAUGACAGUGCAUUACUUCAGUUCCGACUGUCUAAGUCUCCCCAUGGGAAGUUUCCUUUUCUAAAGAAUUAUGUAUUUUUGUGCAAUUACAUUUUCUGGUCUGCAUCGCUUAUGGUAGGGUUAUGCAGUAACUUGUGCUGAGGUCCUUUGACAUCUCUAAUGCCCGUGUCCCACUAGAGCGACAGACAGAAACAAAAGACAGCGACAAGCCUCAAACCUGUGCAGCAUGCUCGCGAUGGUACCUUUGGCAGGCGUUCAGUCGUUCGGUGCUCGUGAAGUAAGCACGAGCGAUUGCCUGCCAAAGAUACCAUUGCGUGCAUGAUGCUCGUGUUUGAGCAUAGCCUCUUUUAUUCUACAAACCCUCUCAAAUCGCGAAAGACUCUGGUUUGAGGCUUGUUGCUGUCGUUUGUUUCUGUCUGUCGCUCUAGUGGUACACGGGCAUUAUGACCUAGUUCUAGCAGAUCCAGCGAACACUGCUCAACAAUAUCAAAUGCUCCUUGUUGGUAACCUGCCUUGUGCUUUAACGUUACCAACCGACGACAAAAGAACAGGCACUACUGCUAAAUAUUCCUCAUGCUACUGAAAAGUCGCUUUUGUUACAUCGGCUAGCAGUGCUGGUUGUUUCUACACCUAGUGGGAGAAUCAAGUGUGGCAGCUUAACAAAUGUGAGAGAAGUUUUUUCACAAAGCCUCCUCACCACUUACAGCUGCUCUGUGUGAACUUUGGCACAAAAAGAAUUUACAGUGCAGACAGGAGAGAGCAACCUUUGAGGGUCCCUAGGAGUCCCUUUUGUGCUCAUUGUCAGUUAAUCUUUACAUUGAAGUUUGUGCAAAAAAGCCUUUGUACUGCUGGAAGUUGUGAGGCGGCUCUUUCGGAGGAGUUUCUCCUGUCGUUUGUGCUCUGUGCCAGGUUAUAGACAAUUGCAAGCAAAAACCCGUUGAGAAAAUAUUGGCACGGCAAUAAAUUUCGGUAUGGGUGCACUGACCUAUUAAAAUAAAGGUGACAUUUUUUAUUUUGUUUCUCACUGCUUUUUAUGGCAUGUGGCAGCAUAGAAUCUAUGAAGGGAAUUUUCACGCAUUACUGUGCACCAGGGUAUGGAAGCACAUUGCUUUAUUUUCUGAAGAGCAUUGGGGUUCGGGUAGAGGGUCCACAGAAGUGCAGAACAUCUAGAAAAUUGAAUGCACCUACCAUUGAGUGUUCAACUUUAGUCACAACUUAUUUAUAUGCUUUGUUCUGGAGGAGCAUUGCGCACGUCUUGAUGGAGAUUUUAGUAUGCUGUUCCUACUUGAUGCUUGAAUAAAAGAAAGGACUUGUCCUUGCAGUGUUUUCA